UGCCAAGCAAUCCAAGCAAUAAUGGUUAUAAUUAUAGCAAUUUUAGGAGAAUUUAAACAGGAUUGAUAAACAUGAAACUUCUGUUAGCAAUGGAAUCUGCAAGCCGCCGCUUGCGGAACUUACAAGGAAUAUUAUCUAGAUCUUCUGAAGAUACAUACCAUAUUCUUCAUAUACGCCUGGUGUCUGAAAAUGCAGGAGGGAAAAAAGUGACAAUAGGAGAUGUUAGCAAAAUCAUUCAAGAGGCCAAACAUCCAGAACUUGUGCCGAGAAAAUACUUAAAAGCUCAUCCUUCUCAGUCCACACUUAGACACUUACGAUGGAUCAUGCAGAAGGAUGCACUUGGACAGGAUGUGUUUUUGAUUGGUCCACCUGGCCCUUUGAGGAGGCAGAUAGCAAUGAUGUAUCUUCAACUGACCAAACGAGAACUGGAGUAUGUGGCCUUAUCUCGAGAUACGACAGAGUCUGACUUGAAACAAAGGCGAGAAAUUGAAAGUGGAACAGCGUCUUAUAUAGAUCAGUGUGCUGUUAGAGCUGCAUUAGAAGGUAGAAUACUUGUACUUGAGGGCAUCGAGAAGGUGGAAAGAAAUGUACUUCCCGUCUUGAACAACCUUCUUGAGAACCGAGAAAUGCAGUUGGAUGAUGGGAGAUUUUUGAUGGCUGCAGAUAGAUAUGACAAACUUCUGGCUGAUCACACGCAAGAAGAGCUGGAUGCCCUGCGGCUUGUAAGAGUCAGUAAAGAUUUUAGAGUAAUAGCUCUUGGACUUCCUGUACCUAGAUAUCAAGGAAACCCCCUGGAUCCACCUCUGCGUUCCAGGUUUCAGGCCCGUGAUGUUCAUGCAACUCCUUUCAAAGAGCUUUUGGAAGAGCUGAUUUCUCAAGCUCCAAAUAUUUCUUCUGAUAGACUGUCUCAUAUUUUGUCAUUUGCCAUCACACUGUUGCAAAGGGAGAGUUCAUCGCUUGGUUUACCAGACUUACCAGUGGAGCAUUUGCCUCACAUUGCUAGAAUAAUGAAUUCAAUCCCAAGUUGUUCAGAUGCUGAGUUAUUACACAGACUUUAUCCAUUUACUGUGAUGCUGGGGAAGGAAGGGAAAGAAGCGGUGGAGGAAACAUUAAAAAAAUUUGACAUUGCGCCUUUGAACUCUGACUCUUUGACCUCUGUGGCUGAGUGGAGCAGACAUGAGAAUCAAGCCACAGUGAGACUCAAGCAUUGCAAGUCCUUGUACACUCUCCAGGUCCCUUCAGGAACUCUUGCUGCUGAGGAAACCAAGAAUACCACUUCCUUUGUCAACACAAAGUACCACAACUCUAUAUUGUCUGAAAUGAUUCAAUCUCACUCAGUAAAAGAUUUCUGUGUUAUAGGACCAAGGGGAUGUGGUAAAAAUGUUGUGGUCAACCAGUUUGCCAAAAUGUUGGGCUAUCAUGUGGAGCCUAUCAUGCUGUAUCAGGAUAUGACAUCACGAGACCUUCUCCAGCAGAGGGCCACCUUACCCAAUGGAGACACAGUGUGGAGACCCACGCCUCUUGUCACUGCAGCUCUUGAAGGGAGUUUGGCUGUACUGGAUGGUGUCCACAGGGUCAAUGCUGGAUCCUUCUCUGUGCUGCAUAGGUUAGUUCAUGAGAGAGAGUUGCAGUUAUUUGAUGGAACCAGGCUUGUAAGUCAGGAGAAGUAUGAUGAGAUCAAGACUGAGACUGGCUUCACUGACAAGGACAUGGAGAACAGAAAUAUUUUCCCUAUCCAUCCGUCCUUCCGUAUCAUUGCUCUGUCAGAGCCUCCAGUAGUUGGCAGCACAAAACAGCAGUGGCUGAGUCCUGAGAUGUUGACAACAUUCCUGUAUCACAGCAUGCGGCCUCUGUCCAGAACUGAAGAAAUGGAUGUCAUUGCUAGACUGGUUCCUAAUGUCCCUGACCUCAAUAAACUUUUUGACUUUGUACAUAAACUAAGGGCAUCAUCAGAUGGAACGCUUCAAUCCUUAGCUUCCAGUUUCUCUACACGUCAGUUAUUGCGGGUAGCUCGCAGGUUGGCUCAAUUCUCAAGUGAGGAUCUCUAUAGUGUCAUACACAAAGCUUGCUUGGCCAGGUUUCUGCCGCGGCUUGCCCAGUCAGCAUUGAACCAAACUUUGGAGGAGUGUCAAGUGCUCCCUACAGAUAAAGAUCAUCAUCUGGAUGACUACCAGCAUUCUAUUUCAUGUGAAGUGAAAGAUGGUAUCGUGAGACUUGGCAAGACCAGCGUUGCGGUUUAUAACCCACAGAAUAGAACCAAGGUCCCAGACAUACUGUUCUAUGAGAACCCACAACAUCUGGCUGUGAUGGAGGACAUGUUAAAAGAUUUCACUCUCGGGGAACACUUACUUCUGGUGGGGAAUCAAGGUGUCGGCAAGAAUAAGAUUGUUGACAGGUUUCUGCAGCUGUUAAACAGGCCCAGAGAAUAUGUUCAGCUUCAUAGAGAUACCACUGUACAGACAUUGACAUUGCAGCCAACAGUCCGAGAGGGCAUCAUAACUUAUGAGGACUCACCACUAGUUGUAGCUGUAAAACUGGGUCAUGUCCUGGUGGUGGAUGAAGCUGACAAAGCACCCACAAACGUCACGUGUGUUCUGAAGACUUUAGUGGAGUCCGGAGAGAUGCAUUUAGCAGACGGACGCAGGAUAGUGGCUGCUGGCUCAGGAAUCACUCCCAAACAAAAUAUAAUUGUGGCCCAUCCAGACUUCCGAAUGAUUAUACUGGCCAAUCGCCCAGGUUUUCCUUUCUUAGGCAAUGAUUUCUUUGGUGCCAUGGGGGAUAUCUUCAGCUGUCAUGCUAUUGACAACCCAGACAUGGAAUCAGAAAUGGCCAUGCUUCGCCAAUAUGGACCAGAUGUGUCAGACACAACAUUGAAACGACUAGUGUCUGCCUUUGCUGAUCUGAGAGAGAUGGCUGACCAGGGAUUGAUUAACUACCCGUACUCUACUCGUGAGGUGGUCAAUAUGGUGAGACAUUUACAGCAAUUUCCCAACGAAGGUUUGACCACAGUGGUAAGAAAUGUGUUUGAUUUUGACUCCUACAACAAAGAGCUCCAGGAAACUAUUGUUGAGACAAUGCAGAAGCAUGGAAUCCCUGUUGGUGCGUCGCAAGCCUCCAUUAGUUUGGCUAAAGAAAUCCCAUUACCUAAGUUUGAACUCCUGGGUCAGUGGGAAGUGACCAAUCCUAGUGGACUGAGACAAAAAACUCACUUGAUGAGUCUGCCAGUUACUAGCAGUAAGAUCAAUGUAAAAGGACCUUUUGAAAUCUUCAUUCAAAGUAAAAAUGUUGACAGAACUGAGUCCAGGAGUGUCAAGUUCUCAGAGGAGGAGUCUCACUCUGUGAUCCCAUUGGAGGAGGCAAACAUUGUUUGUGAUGUAGCAGUAAGUCAAGCUGCCAACAGAAGUCCUGGUAAAAACAAACAUGAUGUCAUCUAUGUGGCUACAUGUCACCCCCCUGGUUUGUACACAUUGACAUCAACAUCCCACACUGCAAACUUUAUUGACAUGUAUGACAUCUUCCCGUCAACGAUGGGAUCUUACAGGCCAACUGUCAGAGUUCAACCUCUUGGAUCACCUUUGGAUGAUACCGUGCUUGUCCAUGAACAAAUGACCAAUGUUCUAUUGAGUGUCAAUGUGGAGAGUGGCCAGGUGCACCGUCUUCUGUGUGAUGGCUUGCCAGAAGUACCAGUCAAUAAAAGGAGGUUCCCAAGUAUAGCUGGCAAAGUGGAUUUUUCAUUCAAUAUGUGUUACAAUGAAGAGCUCGAUGCAAGGGGGACAACUGUCUUUUAUAAACAGAAUGGUCAAGACAUGAUAGUUUUAAAUGUUCUAGAAGGAUUCUCACAUUCUUUGUCCCUGCCUCUCAAUAUAGGAGCAUGCCAUUACAUAGGGGAUCAACAAUGGAUCCUGCAGGAGUCUGACCCUACCAGGAAGCACAUACUGGAGAGAAAGUCGGAAGAUGAAUUUAUUCUGAAACCUGUCAAAGUGGAUUUAGUUCCCAGGCAGUUGAUCUAUUCUGCUACAAACAAUCUCAAGGAUUCAAUGCUGAGUAAGGUCUUGAAUGAGAAUAUUGAGAGCCCUAACAGAGUGGCUGUAUUCAAUGAUACAUUCGCCUCAGUGCUGUUAGGAUUUCCAGACAUGAGUCAAGUAGAUGUACACGCUGCACAACGAACACCUUUGCCAGAGACAUCCCCCAAGAGUCAGCCAGAUCCAAUAUUUGGUCUAAAAUCAAAGCCAUCGGCACUUAAUAAGGAUAAAUCAGUGGCUUAUCUGAAAGAAUCUGGACAGGUUAUACGAGCAUUACCAACCUGGCAAAUUCCAGCUGAGGUCAAACCUGAAGGUCUGAAUGAUUCAACAUUGAGUGGCUAUUUGGAAGUAGCAGACUUAGCCAAUCAUAAACUUAGAUAUAUUCCAGUACCAGGACCCAAACACAUCUCACCCUAUGCAUCCUGGUUGUUUAACAAUGCUGACUGUAAUGUGUAUAUAGCUGGUACCUCUAAUGAUGGACUAGUUUCAGUGGAUAUUGGAGGUUGUGUUCGCCACUGGGAAACUGUACCAUCCCGAAUUGACACCUCACUCCAAGAGUGGAGAAAUAUGUUGGGUUUUGAAGAUGGCAGACCUCUACAGUUAAACACUGAACGUGAGAGUGGGCGAGACCAUGAAGACAUUGACACUAAGCAUGGCAAAGUUGACCCACUUAACCAGCCGCACGUCGGUGGAAACACAUGGGCCGGAGGAGUGGGUGGCAGCGGUACAGCAGGGCUUGGAGGUUUUGGUGGACCAUAUCGUCUGGACGCUGGACACACAGUCUUCCAAGUUCCACAGUGGGAGAAAGAUGCUGUCCCUGAGCAUAUCAAACAAGCUGCUAGAGAAAUGGCACAAAAAGCUUAUCAACAAAGACUUAAAGAAAUACAAAUGAGUCAGUUUGAUGGACAGCUGUAUGAACGUUAUUCGGCCAGUGUCAGAAGGCAAGUACAGAGUCUCAAGGUCAUUCUGGAGUCAUUACAGGCGAAAGGUAAAGAACGUCAGUGGAUCAAGCAUCAGUCACAUGGUGAAUUGGAUGAUGGGAAACUCAUUGAAGGGCUGACAGGAGAGAGCAGCAUAUAUAAAAGAAGGGGAGAGAAAGAGCCUGAGAUGGGGUCGCCACAGGAGCAUCCGAAACGUCUGCGUCUCCUAGUGGAUGUUUCAGGCAGCAUGUAUCGGUUUGAUGGGCAUGAUUCAAGACUGACCAGAGAGAUGGAAGCAGUGCUGAUGGUCAUGGAAGCGUUUGAAUCUUAUGAAGACAAGUUCAAGUAUGAUGUGUAUGGACAUUCUGGGGAGACCUACUUGGAAGAGUUUGUCAAAGUGGACAAGCCACCCAAGAACAACAAGGAGCGACUCAAUGUCCUGAAGCUGAUGCUGGCCCAUGCCCAGUUUUGUGUUAGCGGAGACCACACCCUGGAGGCUGCCAAACAUCACAUUGGCGCUAUCAGUCAAGAGGAAGCAGAUGAACACUUUGUCAUAAUGCUGAGUGAUGCCAACUUUGACCGCUACGGCAUUCGUCCGUCUCGAUUUGGAGAGAUUCUUACUUCCAAUGAGGAUGUAAAUGCUUUUGCAAUAUUUAUAGGAUCUCUUGGGGACCAGGCUAUCAGGUUAAACAAACAGCUGCCCAUGGGUCACUCCUAUGUUUGUCUGGACACUAAAAACCUUCCACAAAUCAUGCAACAGAUAUUUACAUCUACUCUGCUUUCUUCAUGAGACCUUGGUUAAUAAAAACCCAUCUUAGGAUUUUUUAAUAAUCUAGAAUAACUUUUAGUUUUUGUCACAUAGAACUGAUUCAAUACAUGGAACAAUGUGCCAUUGACCAUGAUCGUUAGUGGACUUGGCCAUUGAUAUUGGAUGAAAGACACAGUACUAGGUUAUCAACACUGGAUAAGAACAUUGACCAUUUGAGCAUGAUUGUUUCUGGACUUGAAGGAUUGACCAUUGAUAUUGGAUGAAAGACACAGUACUGGUUAUCAACACUGGACAAGAACAUUGACCAUUUGAGCAUGAUUGUUUCUGGACUUGAAAAAUUGACCAUUGAACUGGAUGAAAGACACCCUACUGGCUACCAACUCUGGGCAAUGCAAUGAGAUUUUUGAAAAGUUUAUUUAAUAGAUAAAAUAUUCUAACUUGUAGUGUACAUUUACACCAGUUUCCAAUGUUCCUUGUCUUAAAUGUGUUUAUGAUAUAGCCUACAGUCAAAUCUCUAUUUUUUUAAAUCCAGAUAGUCUUCAUACAGUGACUUUAUCAUCGGCUAUAUUAUUGCACCAAAAAGAAAAUUCCGCUACUUCUACUAAGUUUGAUAUAUUGAGAUAUGAUGAAAUAAUUCUCUUAUUAUUAUAGUGCCACAAUUGAUCAAUCUAGGUCAAUAAAUUUAGCUUGUGGUUCUGUGUCAUGACAGUGUUAAAAUAUAGAUUCAGUAUAAUGUAAAAAUUAUGAUCAUUGUUCUGUUAAAAUACAUUGGAGUACAAGAAGGAUAUACCAUGUGUGUGAUUUCCUUUGAGUCUGCCUGAAUAUAUAUUAGUGCAAUGUAAUAAAACUACCCGUUGGUGUCAACUAUAAAUUAUUUGAAUAAAAUACAAAACAAUGUUUAUUUCCUUUGUCUUUGUUUUAAAGUGAAUAGUUCCAUGCUCUUUCAUAUCAUGUUAUAAAUAAUUAAAACAUUUUUAUGAAAAUGA